AACAGGUCAAGGCUGGUGCCCGUGAAUUUGGGAUUCCAUUGGAAGCGAUCGCUCACUGAGGGAAAUGGAUUCUGUACCAAGACUGAAUAGCGUUUUUAUUUUGGUGCUCUCUGGCUUGUGGCAUUUUGGAUUAACAGCGUCAAAUUAUAACUGUGAUGACCCAUUGACCUCCUUCCUCUCACUGAGGGCUUUCUCCAGCUCCUCAGAUCUCACUGGAAGGUCCAGCCCAGCUCAACUCAACUGGAGAAUGGGAACUGGUGGUUGGUCCCCAGCAGAUUCUAAUGCCCAGCAGUGGCUCCAAAUGGACCUGGGAAACAGAGUGGAGAUUACAGCUGUGGCUACCCAGGGAAGAUAUGGGAGCUCUGACUGGGUGACAAGCUAUCGCCUGAUGUUCAGUGACACAGGGCACAACUGGCAACAGUACACGCAGGAAGGCAGCAUCUGGAGAUUUGUAGGAAACAUGAAUGCUAACAGUGUGGUUCACCACAAACUGCUGAAUUCUGUGAGAGCCCGCUUUGUUCGCUUUGUGCCCCUGGAGUGGAAUCCAAAUGGAAAGAUUGGCAUGAGAGUAGAGGUCUAUGGAUGUUCCUACAGAUCAGAUGUAGCUGACUUUGAUGGCUGGAGCUCACUUCUCUACAGGUUCAACCAGAAGACAAUGAGCACCCUCAAAGACGUGAUCUCCCUUAAGUUCAAGAGCAUGCAAAGGGAUGGGGUUCUGUUCCACGGGGAAGGACAACGUGGAGACCACAUCACCCUAGAGCUCCAGAAUGGCAGGCUAGCCCUAUACCUGAACCUGGAUGACAGCAAAGCCCAGGUCAGCAGCACUGCACCCUUGGCAACUCUGGGUAGCCUUCUGGAUGACCAGCACUGGCACUCAGUUCUCCUGGAGCGUGUGGGCAAGCAGGCAAACUUCACUGUGGACAAGAACACACAGCACUUCCAGACCAAGGGUGAGACUGAUGCCCUGGACAUUGACUAUGAGCUCAGUUUUGGAGGAAUUCCAGUACCAAGCAAACCUGGGACCUUUUUAAAGAAAAACUUCCGUGGCUGUAUAGAAAACCUUUAUUACAAUGGAGUGAACAUAAUUGACUUGGCUAAAAGGCGGAAGCAUCAGAUUUACUCAGUGGGACUUCAGUAUCAUCUCCAGAACCAACAAAAGAAAAAACAACAGGGCAAUGUCACCUUUUCCUGCUCAGAACCACAAACUGUCCCCAUCACAUUUGUCAACUUCAGGAGCAGUUAUUUGCUGUUGCCUGGUACCCCCCAAAUUGAUGGACUGUCAGUGAGUUUCCAGUUUCGAACAUGGAAUGAGGAUGGUCUGCUUCUGUCCACAGAACUGUCUGAAGGCUCAGGAACCCUGCUGCUCAUCCUGGAGGGCGGGACUCUGAGGCUCCUGAUUAAGAAAUUGGCCAGACACGGAACUGAAAUCUUCACAGGCAGUGGCUUGAAUGAUGGCAUGUGGCACUCUGUCAGCAUCAGUGCCAGGAGAAAUCGUGUUACUCUCACACUGGAUGAUGAUGCUGCAUCCCUGCCUCCAGACACCUCCUGGCUGCAGAUAUAUUCUGGAAAUAGCUACUACUUUGGAGGGUGCCCCGACAAUCUCACUGAUUCCCAAUGCUUAAACCCGAUUAAGGCUUUUCAAGGCUGCAUGAGGCUCAUCUUUAUUGAUAACCAGCCCAAGGAUCUUAUUUCAGUUCAGCAAGGUUCCCUGGGGAGUUUUAGUGAUUUACACAUUGAUCUGUGUAGCAUCAAAGACAGGUGUUUGCCAAACUACUGUGAACAUGGAGGACAAUGUGCCCAAACCUGGACUAACUUCUACUGCAACUGCAGUGACACUGGUUACACAGGAGCCACCUGUCAUGACUCCAUCUAUGAGCAGUCCUGUGAGGUGUACAGACACAGAGGGAAAACCGCUGAGUUCUUCUAUGUUGACUCUGAUGGCAGCGGGCCACUGGGACCACUCCAGGUGUUCUGCAAUAUUAGUGAAGACAAGAUCUGGAUGACAGUUCAGCACAACAACACAGGGCUGACUUGGGUACAGGGUUCUAACCCUGAGAAGCCCUAUGCCAUGACCUUAAACUAUGGUGGGAGUCUGGAGCAACUGGAGGCUCUGAUUGAUGGCUCAGAGCACUGUGAACAGGAAGUGACAUACUACUGCAAGAGAUCCCGCCUGCUUAACACACCAGAUGGAGUCCCAUUCACCUGGUGGAUUGGGAGGUCCAAUGUAAAGCAUCCUUAUUGGGGAGGUUCUCUUCCUGGAGUCCAGCAGUGUGGAUGUGGGCUGGAAGAGAGCUGCCUGGACAUUCGACAUUUUUGCAAUUGUGAUGCUGACACAGAUGAAUGGGAUGAGAAUUCACUGGCAGUGGUUACAUCAACGUGUGCAGACCACAUGGGCCUUACUUUACCUCCGGUUAAAUUCUUCCAUAAAAGGAAUGAGUUAGACAUUACUGGUCUUUUUGAAAAAACUCCUUCUGAGGUCAUAUUUGCCAUUGAUGUUGGGAAUGGUCCCAUUGAUCUCCUCGUCCAGUCUCCUUAUCCUCUGAAUGACAACCAAUGGCAUUAUAUCCGGGCUGAAAGAAACCUCAAGGAGACCUCAUUGCAGGUGGACAAUCUUCCACAGAGUAUGAGGGAGGCCUCAGAGGAUGGCCAUUUCCAAUUUCAGCUGAAUAGCCAGUUGUUUGUAGGAGGAAAAUCAUCAAGACAAAAAGGCUUUUUUGGAUGCAUCCGUUCCUUACACUUGAAUGGGCAGAACAUAGACCUGGAGGAGAAGGCAAAGGUUACAUCCGGAGUGAGACCUGGAUGUCCAGGUCACUGCAGCAGUUAUGGAAGAAAUUGCCAAAAUGGGGGCAAGUGUGUGGAGAAGCAUAUUGGCUACUCAUGUGACUGUACCAACUCACCAUAUGAAGGACCUUUCUGUCAGAAAGAGAUUUCAGCUCUUUUUGAUUCUGACACCUCUGUUACAUACAUGUUUCAAGAACCAUACUCAGUGACCAAGAACACAAACCUCUCCUCUUCUGCUAUCUACACAGAUACAGCUCCAUCCAAGGAAACCAUCAUGCUGAGUUUCAUGACAGCACAAGCCCCCACCCUCUUGCUCUACCUCAAUUUCUCUUCUCAGAAUUUUCUGGCUAUUUUGCUCUCCUGGAAUGGAAGUUUACAGAUUCACUAUCAACUAAGCAAGGAAGAAAGUCAUGUGUUCACCAUCAACACAGAGAAUCUGGCCAAUAGAAGAGUGCACCAGGUGAAAAUGAGCCGUGAUGGUCCAGAACUUUCUAUUCAGAUGGACCAGCAACUCUUCCACUAUACUUUCUCACUAGAAGCUGAGUUCCAGAGAGCAAGGUCGCUCAUCCUAGGCAAAGUCACAGAGACUCUUGGGUUGGACCCAGAAGUUGCUAGAGCAAACACCUUGGGUUUUGUUGGAUGUCUUUCUUCAGUCCAAUACAAUCAUAUAACACCAUUGAAGGCAGCCCUUCGCCAUGCCAGCAUUUCACCUGUGACUGUUCAAAGGACUUUGACAGAAUCCAGCUGUGUCUCCAUGGUGGACUCUGAUGCCAAUGCAGUGACCACCGUGUAUUCUUCAACAGAUCCCUUUGGAGAGAGAGAUGAGCGUGAACCGCACACAAAUGCAGUCCGAAGUGACUUGGCAGUCAUUGGAGGCAUCAUAGCAGUGGUGACAUUCAUCAGCUUUUCUGUCAUUGGAAUCAUGACCCACUUUUUCUAUCAGCACAAGCGGUCACACUAUGCCAGUCAAAUGAAGGAGAAGGAAUACCCAGAGAACUUGGACAGUUCCUCUACAAAUAACAUUGACUUGCAAAACACAACCAGAGAGUGCAAGCGGGAAUACUUCAUAUGAGCCAAUGCAGGAUCAUCUGAUUCUUUUUUUCUUAUUCUUCUUCGUUUUCUGGAGUUUCCUCUCUACUUUUCUCUUUUCUUUUUAUUUAUUUUUGUUUGGUUUUUUGUUUGUUUCUUUGUUUGCUUAGGCAUUCUCCUUCUUUCAUUUGCCAUUAAUUUUCUGGAACACAUAAGCAUCCACCAAUAGCACUCAUCUCCUUGACCCAGCUCAGGAGAUCAUGUAGCUGUGGCUACUAUAGUUCAGUGACAGGUGUCAAUGUGAAACUUACCACUAGAGACAUAAACUUUACUAUUGUAAACAACAAAGAGACACAUGCGCAUACCUGCACAUUCGAUGCUUCUAGUCCAGUUUCUUAACCCUAAUCUUUAGUUUCUCGGGUAUUUGAUCUUGCCAGCUUCCAUUAGACAUGAGCUCUUUGAUGUUCCCCUUUAAUAGUUUGCUCUGCCCUUUACCAUAUUUUUAGGUAUUACAGGUAUUACAUGUGUUUAUAUGUGGUGUGUGUGUGUGAGAGAGA